AGGUGGUGCCUGAGGCCGCCAUGUCGGUGCCGCUGCGGGAGGCCACGCAGCGGAGGCUGGCGCGGUUCGCACAGCUCCGAGGUAAAACUACUUGCACUGGAGAAUUCUGGGAUGUUGUCGUCAUUACAGCAGCUGACAAAAAACAGGAAUCUGCUUAUCGGAAGCAAUUAUCAGAAAAGUUGAGAAGAAAGGAGCUCCCACUUGGAGUAGAUUAUCAUGUUUUUGUGGACCCCCCUGGACAAAAAAUUGGGAAUGGUGGAUCAACACUUCAUGUUCUUCAGUGCUUGGAAGAGCUGUACGGUGAUAAGUGGGCUUCUCUUACCAUCAUAUUAAUUCAUUCUGGUGGUUAUAGUCAGCGUUUACCAAAUGCAAGUGCACUGGGAAAAAUUUUCACAGCUUUGCCUUUUGGCACCCCUGUUUACCAGAUGUUGGAACUUAAACUGGCAAUGUACAUUGAUUUUCCCACCCAUAUGAAACCAGGAAUUCUCAUUACAUGUGCAGAUGAUAUUGAACUUUAUAGCACUAGUCAUCAAGUAAUCAAGUUUGAUAAGCCUGGAUUUACUGCUUUAGCUCAUCCUUCAGAUUUGACAGUUGGUACCACUCAUGGAGUAUUUGUUUUGGAUCCAUCCAGUUUGUCAGAAGAGGGAGAACUUGAAUAUAGAUUUUGUCAUCAAUUCCUACAUAAACCUAAUAUUGAAAGGAUGCAUCAGUCUGGCGCAGUACUUGUAAAGAGGAAUGUUUCUCAAGUAAACUCUGAAGAACGCCAUCACUCAAAAAUGGACUUUGAGUAUGUGUACACUGACAGUUUAUUUUACAUUGAUCAUAGCAUUGCCAAAAAAUUGCUAGCAUUUUAUAAGCAGAUGGAAACACUUUGCUGUGAAAUAGAUGCAUAUGGUGACUUUCUACAGGCUCUGGGACCUGGAGCAACUCAAGAUUAUAUAAAAAACACAGCUAAUGUCACAGAAGAAGAUUCACAGUUAAUAGAAGUAAAACAGAAACUAUUUUCUCUUCUUAAAGGAACAGCACUUAAUGUUAUAGUCUUAAACAAUUCCAGAUUCUAUCAUAUUGGGACUACUAAAGAAUAUUUAUUUCAUUUCACUUUUGGUAGCCAACUUAAAUUAGAGCUUGGCUUACAAUCUAAUACAUUCAGCAUCUUCCCAGAUAAAACAGAAAAUUCUGACAAAUCAGCAUGUAUCAUUCAGAGCAUAAUUGAUGCAGGAUGUUCUAUAGCACCUGGCUCUGUUAUUGAAUACUCCAGGCUAGGACCCGAAGUUUCGAUAGGGACAAACAGCAUUGUAAGUGGUUCUUGCAUAAAUUCUAAAGCAGACAUUCCAUCAAACUGUUUUUUGGGUUCAUUAAGUGUCAGGAUUAAUGGAAACCUAAUGUAUGUGAGCAUGGUGUUUGGUGUUGAAGACAACUUGAAAAAGAAUGUGAAACAUUUUUCAGGCAUACAUUCACUUCAGUUUUUUGGAGUCACUUUACUACAAUGCUUGGAUCUCUGGGACCUGAAGUUGUCAGACCAACUCUUCUCUGGUGACAAGACAAGCUUAGGCUUGUGGACUGCUCGGAUUUUUCCUAUUUGUUCUACUUUAAGUGAUUCAGUUAGAAUGUCAUUAAAGAUGUUAAAUGCUGUGCAGCACAAGUCAGCUUUUAAAUUGAAUGGCUUUAAGCUCCUGUCUAUUGAAGAAAUGCUCUUUUACAAAGACGUGGAAGACAUGUUGAAGUUUAGGCAGGAAAUUUACAAAGAAAUCAGUCUGCAAAGACAAAAAGAGAAAUCUGAUUUGUAGAAGCACAGUAAUUGUACACUUUGGCAGUCUUUAAUUUGAGGAUGAUUGGUUGCUUUCAAGCUUGUAGAACCUAGAAGGAAAAAGUACACAGAAUUUUUUUUUCUGGUUGUAUUGAAGUAGAAAUAAUGAAAUUGCAUUAACAGCGUUAUUGUAGCAUAACAUUAAUAAUGCAAAAAUGCAGAUAAACUAUUCUUUUGAUGAAAGAAUUAAUGAAAUAUUUCAAAUCUUUGAAAACACUAAGAGGCAAAUAUUCUUGUAGUGUCCAUUGUUAUGUAUUUUUAGGUUUUUCUUAAUGAGACUGUGGAAUAGAACAUGUUAAUUAAACAUUUGAUUGAAAAACUACUUAAAACUUCUUCAGAAUACAGUGUUGGCUCCAUCAACCUGGUGUUGCAUAGCAUUGAUUCACCUUUCUUUGCAUGCUUCGCAUUUUUAAAAUUCUUGUUUCAGGAGGUAAUUUUUUCUCACUUAAACAAAGCAAAGAUAAUUACAUGAAUAACUUUAAAUCUGUUUAAAAGAUUACUCAUGAAAGUUUAUUACAAGCUUGGAAGUAUAUGAGUAUGUAUAUUCUUUUACAGCAAACCGAUUUUUGUGAAAUGGUUAUGUUAAAGUACCUGAACAGCUGUAAAAUUAAAUAGCGAGUCACAAGAAUUGACCUGGUAUAUGCCCUUCCCAUUUCUGAAUCAUCUUAUGUAUGAAAGCAUAUGGUAUUAAAGUAUUUCCAAGUUA